UCACUCCUGGCAGUGCUGGAGGACCUUAUGGGAUGCUGGGGAUCCAGCCCAGGUUGACCACAUGCAAGACAAACGCCUUCCCUGCUGUACUAUUGUUCCAGCCCCAAAUAAAUAAAACGUUCUUCCAGAGGUUCCGGUGAUGGUGCAGCAGGUAAAGAAAGGAGCUUGCUUUGCACGCAGCUGAUGUGGUUUCAUCUCCAGCACCACACAGGAGGGGGACACACCAGGAGUGAUUCCUGAGCACAGAGUCAAGAGUCAGCCCUGAGCACCUCUGGGAGUGACCUACAAACAAAGGGAAAACAGUGACCUGGACCCCAUUAUCCAGUUCCUUGGAACCCGGCGGGCUUUCGUGUGCGUCAUGGCCCCCAGCCCCUGUCCCAGGCUGGACUCUGAGAAGGGAGGACAGAGUCUGAAGGACCUAAGGAGGAGUCACCCCUGGAGGACUGGGGGUGCCUAUUGUCCUGGAAGGUGUCUUGGGACCCCCGGAGUCUGUGGGGGGGUGUUGCUCUGGCCAGCUGCCCCGUGCAGGAGAGAAGCAGGAAGCCCAUGCACGCCCGCCCGCCUGCCCGCCUGCCGGGGCCGGAGGCCAUGCUGGUGAAUAAUUGAUCAGGAAAGCUGAUAGCGCCACCCAGGACCGCCCGCCAGCCCCCAGCCCCCGGCCCCCGCUGGCCAGCACCGCCUCAGGCCCAAACCCGCCAGACCUGCUCACCCAGUGCCACCCACAGCCCCCCACCCCACCCCACCCUGGUCAGAGCUUCCAGAAGGCUGCAGGGAAGCAGAGCUGCCGCCCGGGCCGGGGAGCCAUGGCCCUGGACAACCAUGUGUGGGCGCCGGUGACACCCAUGCCGAUGACCGAGAGCGCCCUCUACCGGCAGCGACUGGAGGUUAUCGCGGAGAAGAGGCGGCUGCAGGAGGCGAUCAGGGCGGCGCGGCGCGAGCUGGAGGAGGAGAAGCUUCGCGUGCAGCGGCUCAAGAGAAAGACUCUCCGGGACCGGUGGCUUAUGGACGGGGCAGCUGAGGAGCCAGAGGGGCAGGAGGACCCCCCGACCCCUGAGACUCAGGCUCAGGCCCGCAUCCAGAGCCUAGAGGACAGCUUGUUCACACUCCAGGCCCAGCUGCAGCUGUUGCAGAGUGCGUCCACCGGGGCACUGCACAGGCCCGCCAGCAGACCCGUCUGGCGCCGACAGGGCCAGCGUCCUCUCUCGCAGCCCCCUGUGGAGCCAGCAGCCCCUGCAGGCCAGGCUGACCAGGACAAGCGUGCCUCCUUGCCAACUGGACUGGCAGGCACAGAGUGCCCGCUGGGGCCUGGACAGGUGCCUGGGGCAGCGGAAGCAUCCUCGGAAGCCAAUGGCCACGACCUGGGACCCAGCCCCGCGCCGGCUCCAGAGGGGUCAGUGGACGAGGGCGCCGGGGGCGAGGACAGUGGCAUGGGCGUCGUGGAGGUGGUAUGGGAAGGCCUGAGGGCCACGGAGGACAGUCCCGGGGAGCCCACGGGUGCCGAGCUGGAGGCCAGGGUGGAGGCAAUGGUGCUGGAGGCCAUCGGGGAGAGGCUGGACGCCGGUGGGCCCGACCUCCCCGCCUGGGUGAGGGACGACCGGGCCGUUGUUGAGGUGGUGUGGGAGGGGGUCGGGGGGGACUUGGAGGUCCGGGGGGAACCGGGCGGGGACCCCAAAGAAGCAUCGCUCAGCUCCCCAAGGCUCCCUGAAAAUUUGAGAAGGGGCAGCCCUGAUGGGGCCAGGCAGGGUGGCCACGGGGGCGAGGAUGGCGCCUUCAUCUGGGUGGAGAGAGUGACCGUCACUGAAGACUGGGAGGAGCUGGGGCUGGAGGGGCCCGAGGGACCACUGGACAGCGGGGGUGCGGCCAGCUGGGAGCUGGAGCGGAGACAGGCAGAGGAGCGCGGGGCACGGGGAGGAAGUGAGGAUGUCCCGGAGGAGGAGGCGAGUGGAGGUGAGGAAACAAGGGUGGCCAAGGGACGCAGAGACGAAGGAGCUGCCUGCGCAGAGAGGGGAGGCGAGGAGACCCAGGGACCAGAGGCCACAGGAGUUAUUGAGAGGAGCAAGAGAAGGAGGUGA